GCGGCGCUGCCCCCGCGGCGCUGGGCGGGCGGGCGGUCCCCGCUGCGGCUCGGCGCCUUCUCCUCCUCCUUCUCCUCCUCCUCGUCCUCAACCUCCUCCUCCUCCUUCUCCUCCUCCUCUGGCCGCUGCGGCGCGGGGGCUGCGGGCGGAGCGGCGGCGCCAUGAGCGGGGCGGCGGCGGCGAAGAGCGAGAAGCUGGACGAGGCUCAGGCGCUCGCCCGCAGCUGCGCGGGCAGACCCGACUUCCAGCCCUGCGACGGGCUCUCGCUCUGCGCCACCCACAGCCACGGCCGCUGCUUCCGCCUGCACUGGUGCUGCCACCUGGGAUGGUGCCACUGUAAAUACGUCUACCAGCCCAUGACCCCCGUGGAGCAGCUGCCCAGCACCGAGAUCCCCGUCCGCCCCCGGGAGUCCCCCAACACCAUCCAGAUCUCGGUGUCGCUCACCGAGCACUUCCUCAAGUUCGCUCCCGCCUUCCAGCCGCCGCUGCCGCCCGAGGCGCCGCAGUUCUGCACCAUCGCCGACCUCUUCAUCGACAACUACCGCGUCAAGUGCAUCAACGGCAAGAUGUGCUACGUGCAGCGCCAGCCGCCCGCCCCGCACAGGGCAAAGCCUGACGAGGGCUCUGUCCGCAACGCCUUAAUCACAAAGGAGAGCAAUACACCAAAACCAGAGCACUGCUCGUCCCCGUCCAGCUCUGAGGACUCCGGCAUCAACGCGGUGGGGGUUCACUACAUGGAGUCGUGUGACGAGGACACGGAGGGGGUGGCUGAGCUGAGCUCAGAGGAAGAUUACAGCCCGGAUAGCAGCUGGGAGCCGGACGAAUGCCCGCUCCUGUCGCCCUCGCAGUGCGAGAUGGAAGUGAUUGAGACUAUAGAAACCACUGUGUGACCACACAAGUCGGCGUCGGCUCAGUCCACUUCCUUCUCAGUAAUGUUGCUUUUGUAGUAUUUCUAUUUUCUGUUUUUUCUGACAAUCCCUUUUUUCCAGUGCACUUGAUAUUUCAGAUUCCUGUCAUGGGAGCGCGGUCACAGGACUUACAUAUGGUGAACUAGCAGCAGCCUGAGCAAUUUUAACACGUUCUCAGCCUGAUCAGCUCUCCCACGUCUGCACGUAAGGUAGUGACAAAUCUUAAGACUUUUCUAGCAGAAAUAGGCCCUUUCGUUGGUCUGGGUUACCCCACACACAACUUCUCACACGAGGACGUGCCACUUGAGAUGUUUCCACCUGUCGGGUUCUUGGCAGGGGUCCCUCAGAGCAUGGGGGGUGCACACCUGGAGCAGCAAACCGAGGUGCCCUUAGUCUUUCUCAAACAGCUACACGAGGCUCCUCCUGUUUCUGUCUGUCCUGGCACCUUGUCCAGCCUCUUCCCUAGUGCUGGUGCGACCUUCUCCGAGGCUGUCGGCACCACGCUUCCAGCAGGUUGGAAUGGCAAGCUAGAGAAUGCACAAAGUGCCUCCAACUUUUCUCCAGGCUAUGCACCAAGCAGCAGCUGCUGAGGUAGGCCAGGCUCUGCAAUCUCCUGAGAAGGCAGGUCUUGCUCUGGAGGGGGAUGAGUUGCCUGAAUCCACCUGGUCCCUUUUCUCUGCCUGGAUCUUGGGAAGGGGGUCUGGCUUUUGCAGGUGGGCAGGAGGGGGAGCAGGCAGAGGUGGGGCGUGGCCAUCUAACCAAUACCACACUGGACUGGGGAGUACCAGGACAGGCGAAGGAAGCGACUACCUCCGAACACCCGCCCUCGGCUCCCCUCUGCCUCCUCCUGGGCUCUUUGGUGCCGGACACUCAGGACCAAAUGGCCUCAGGGCCUGCAUUUGCCUGAAGAAUAACAAAGUUUAAACAAAAAGAAUUUUACCAGCCACACCACUGUGUCGGCAGAGCUUGGGGACAGCGUGGAGAUGCCCCUGGGAAGUGACCCAUGGGCUCAGUGGCAUGUGACCUUGUUAAAAUAGAGCCUAAGGUCAUUCUAGUGGAGAGAGGAGGCUUUGGCUCCUGCUCCAUCACUCCCAGUCCAGGAGCAGGUUCGGAGCAGGGGUCCCUCACCCAGCUGGUAGUGGAGCUGUCUCACAGGAGGUUCAGUUUCAGCCCUGCCUGAAAACUGAAAAAAGAAAACAAACUGAAAAAAAAACUGAAAAAGGAAACAAAAAUGUCCCUCAGAUUGCAGCCAGCUCCAUGGAGCUGGAGCCAGUAACUCCUGUGUUCCCGCAGCGGUACUGCCGUUCUUUGUGCAGUUGCUGUUUGCGUUUCAGAAGUCCCUGGUGAAUCCAAGGCUGUAAAAACGUGUACAGUUAGUGACUGAUCCUAGAUUAUAGUCUGUGGUAGAGGGUGGCUCAUCUCUCACUGUAUCCUGACAAUGUAUUCCCAAUUUUAUACACUUUGUAAUCAGUAUCUUUAGAAGACAUUAGGCAACAGUGUGUGUCUGUGCACAUGCCCGUCUAGGAGUUUCCAUGGGUGGAUAUAAAGUAAUGCUGUACUUUUUAGACUAAGACUUUCAGACAAAAAUAAUAGGUUUUAUAGUUUUGAUGAAUUACAUAAAAAUGUGCAAUGCUUGUAAAAUGAGGAACUUGGGCCAUUGCAUGAAUGGAUACAUUCUCACAAGGCACCUGAAAAUACUCGGUUUUUUUGAGGGCAUUUAACAAAGGCUGUAGUAAAACUAAAUAGGAUUUAUUUUGUUUUUAAGGGCGGGGUUGUCUUUCUUGGCUAACUACAGUUUCUAACAACAUUUUUGGUGUCUUUGGACCAUUCAGACACAUUCCAUAGGUAGACGGAAACAUGUAUAAACCUACAGCAUUUAUUCAUAUUUAACCUUUCAAUUGUAACCUGAGUGGAGAGCUGAACGAGCUCACUCUCAUGCCGGGCCUCUGAGCUUUCCUCCUAGAAAGAGGAAGGCUCUUCCUCCCCAGGAAAGGCUUCUCCUUCCCAGGCAGGAAGGGUGGGCUGGCGCAGCACGGCCUUUCCCAAGGGCAGGGAGCUCCUCGCCAGUUCUCCCUGGGGCACCAAGGGCAGGGAACAUGAGCAGGACACCCCUGCCCAGCAGAGCUCACCUUGUUUGCAGGCAAGCAGGAGCUGCAGCCCUGCCCGGGCACAGGCUGGGAGCGCGGUGACCUCGGGGGGUGCGGGUGGCAGAGACUCCACAGGGCCCACGGGGUCCCGUCCCCGUCAGGAUCCAUUCUUUCUUAACUGUAAGUAAUUAGCAAUACCCACAAGCUGUGAGUGUUUCCUACCCAGGAUUUGUUCAGAUGUCUUAAGCACAAUAAGCUGCCUCUUCCUUCUGUUGUUCCUGGAAAAUGUCAGCGGCGCUCUGGGGAGUGCCGGGGCUGCUGGAGAGCGCUGGGGCAGGGCCCAGCCGCGGGGAUCUCCUGCUCCAUCGCACACCCGGCUCCCAACGCUCCCGGGGAAAAACGGGCUCCUUCCUUUGCACAAACACGGGCGUGGCCGUGUUGCCGCAGCCAUGCCCCGGGCUGGCUGCUCCCCCUGCCAGGGAGAGAUGUGUGUAUAUUUCCUCUUGAAUAAAAUACUGAACAACUGGC